GAAAAAUUAAGAUACAAAAUUUUUCAAAAAAAAAAAAAAAAACUUCGCGUGUGCUUGAAAAAAUUCUUUUAAUCGAAUUUUUAAGAUACAAUAUCUUAUCUAAGAGAUUUAUCAACAAUUCAUCAAUUUUUUUGGAAUUAACAAAAAAAAUAUCUGAGAUAUUUUACAAUCGAACGAGAAACUCUGCAAAGUUUGUUUCUGAAGAUUCAUCAUCUUUGCAAAAAGGACUAUCGACAUUGCUGCAAUAAUGCUUCCGCUUCCGCGCGGAGCGGUUUGGCAGCUAUUCUUUCUGCUAUGUGCGGUGCUUUUAGCAAAUGAAAUCCGCGCAGAAGAAAGAGUAGUAUGCUACUACACAAAUUGGAGUGUAUAUCGACCUGGAACAGCAAAAUUCAAUCCACAAAAUAUCAAUCCUUAUUUAUGUACGCAUUUGAUUUAUGCUUUUGGUGGAUUUACAAAAGAUAAUACAAUGAAACCAUUUGAUAAAUAUCAAGAUAUUGAACAAGGUGGAUAUGCUAAGUUCACAGGACUGAAAACCUACAACAAACAGCUCAAAACAAUGAUUGCUAUUGGUGGUUGGAAUGAAGCUUCAUCACGUUUUUCACCCUUGGUUGCAAGUUCCGAACGUAGACAACAAUUUAUUAAGAAUAUUUUGAAAUUCUUGAGACAAAAUCACUUUGAUGGUUUGGACUUGGAUUGGGAAUACCCAGCCCAUAGAGAAGGUGGUAAAUCAAGGGAUAAGGAUAAUUAUGCACAAUUUGUUCAAGAAUUGAGAGCUGAGUUUGAUAGAGAAUCAGCUAAAACUGGAAGACCAAGACUUCUUUUAACAAUGGCUGUUCCUGCUGGUAUUCAAUACAUCGAAAAGGGUUACGACAUCCCAAAGCUUAACAAACACCUUGAUUGGUUCAAUCUUUUGACCUACGAUUUCCAUAGCUCUACCGAACCAUCAGCAAAUCACCAUGCACCUUUGUAUUCCUUGGAAGAAGAAGAUGAAUACAAUUAUGACAGUGAAUUGAACAUUGACUAUUCCAUCAAAUUCUACUUGGAAGCUGGUGCAGAUCGUGACAAAUUGGUUCUAGGUAUUCCAACUUAUGGUAGAUCAUAUACUUUAUUCAAUGAAGAUAGUACUGAACUUGGAGCUCCAGCUGAUGGACCUGGUGAACAAGGUGAUGCAACAAGGGAAAAGGGUUAUUUGGCUUAUUAUGAGAUUUGUCAAAAUAUCAAAGAAGAUCCUGAUUGGACAGUUGUUCAACCAAAUCCCAAAGCUAUGGGUCCAUAUGCUUUCAAAGGCAACCAAUGGGUUGGUUAUGAUGAUGAAGCUAUUGUUCGCAAGAAGGCUGAAUAUGUUGUUGAAAAUGGUUUGGGUGGUAUUAUGUUUUGGGCUAUUGACAAUGAUGAUUUCCGAGGAUUGUGUACUGGAAAACCUUAUCCACUUAUUGAAGCUGCUAAAGAAGCUUAUUUGGAUCGUCUGGGUGUGGGAGAUAAUGAAGUUGCCAAGCCAACACCAACCAAAAAGAAGCCUCUACGUAAUCGUAAUCGCAAUGGAUCUUCAUCAAAUCGAAACAAAGUUGAAGAAGUUGUCGAAAAAGCUGUGUCAAUAUCUCGCAAGAAGCCAGCUACUCGUGCACGUCCUCAAACUGAAAGGCCAUCAACAACUACUACAACAACUGGAUCGUCGUUGUAUGUAGGUGGAAGAACAACAACUCCUGCUCCACCAACAACACCUGAUCCAGGAUCUGAUUUCAAAUGUGAAGAUGAAGGAUUCUUCCAACAUCCAAGAGACUGUAAAAAGUAUUUCUGGUGCUUAGACAGUGGACCGUCAAACUUGGGAAUUGUUGCCCAUCAAUUUACUUGCCCAUCAGGACUUUAUUUCAAUCCUUCAGCAGAUUCAUGUGAUUUUGCUAGAAAUGUUCCUUGCAACAAGAAUCACAAAGAAUCUUUAACAACAACGACUUCCAAACCUAUCACGACAACAACAACUCCUAGAACAACGACUUCUUCCUACAAAAUUACUGCCGCUACAUCGAGAAAUUCAUUUGCUCGUUUCACAUCGACAACAACAACCACUACCGAGGCUCCCGAAGAAGAAGAAGAUUAUGAAGAUGAGCCCAAAGAUUCAGCAGUUGAAUCUGAAGAAGAUCCUCGUGUCAUCAAAGAACUGAUUGAUCUCAUUAAGAAAGUCGGUGGUAUUGAAGAACUUGAAAAACACAUAUUACAACAAGAUGAUGGAACUGUUAUGUUGAAAAAACAUGAUUCAUCUUCAGCUGGAAUUACUACCACACCAUCUUCAAUUAGCAAGAAACUUUAUGAAAAAGUUCUUAGCAGACCAACGAAUUUGAGUGCCUUUAGAAAUAAAUUCACAUCAACAAAUCUCUUCAGAAGCACUACCAAGCCAAAAGCUGUUGCUGAAGAAGACGAAGAAACUGAAGUUGAAGAAGAUAACAACAGCUCUAAAUACUCUUCAGUUGUAAGGAAUAGUCGACCAGGUCCUCAGAAUGCUGGAAUUGAAAAACUUCCGGAAUUCGAAGGAUUCCUCAAGGAGAAGAAAAAAUAUGUGACUAUUAAAAGAAAUAGGCCUGCUUCAUCUUCAAGUGCUGAAGAAGAAGAAGAUGAUGAAGUGAAGAAUAUUCAACAAGAUUCUGAAGAUGGUGGUGAUGAUGAAGACGAUAAAGUAGAAGCACUUUCAGUAAGUAGCAGUAGGCGACCAACCUCUGCUUCAACACCUGCUUACACAAGUAUUAGGCGAACAAAAGGAACAACAUUAAAACCAGAAAUAAUUCAAAACGAUGAAGAAGCUGUUGAUGUAAUUGAAGAAGCUAUUCCUGAUAAGAAAGCUUACGUUCCAUUGAAUCGUAAUCGAGUUCGAAGUACAACAACAGAGAGUACCCCCAUUGAAAUUGAGAGUUCUACUAUUUCAGGAAGCAGGUACAAAUUUUUGGAACGUACUCGACCAACUAGACGUACAUUAACUACACUACCACCAUCCUCAUCAAAGGAACAUUCUGAUGAAGAUUCAGCAGAAAGUGAAGAUCCACUAAGUGUAACGGUACAAUAUUUGGAACCAAAUGAAAUUUCAACACAAUCACCAACACAACAACAACAAUCGAUAACAACAACAACGCGUUCAUAUACAAGUAUAGGUCGUCGUACAACAACAACAAUAGACCAAUCUUCAAUUACAACAACACCACCAUCAGAAAAUUUACUUAGUGAUACCACAACACCUGAACCAAUAAUCAUUUCCACAACUUCUACUUCGACCAACACACCAACAACCACUACUAAUCCCAUAUCCAUUGAACAAUCCACACAAUCAUUACCCACAAGUCCCAUAUUCCCAGCUUUCUCGCUAUCAACUUAUUCUUCAGCAUCUGCACAAGAUGAAGAAGAAGAUGCUACAAUUGCACCUAAAAUUCCCAAUUCCCAAGUCACAGAAUCUGGUCUAGAUACACAACAGGAACUUGACUCGACACAAAUAAAUCAAAUUCAAUCCGAGACAACAACCAUCAGUACGACUGCAACUGCAACAACAACAAUAGACGAUACUGACCGAAAUGAGGUAACAAAUCCUACCACAACCACAAUCACAACACCAACGCCCUCUAGUAUUAAGUCACAAUCUAGUCUAAAUAGUAGUAAUAGUAUAAGGGGCACAUUUAACAAUAAGUAUAAUGGUGGUGGUAAUCGAAGACAACAACAAAGAACAAAAUCAACAACAACUCCAUCAACUAUUGACACAACUACUCAAGAUACCAAUACUUCUACUAACGAAUUCCUGGGAACUGUAUCUAGUCCAAGACCUUUUGGUUUCCCACGUCGUCGUACACGUCCAACUCUUGCAUCAUCAAAAUCAAAUAAUGGCGGACUUGAUGAUAAUGCAUCUUCAUUAUCAUCUUCAACCGCUUCUUCUUCACCAUCUGAAACAUCAACAACACCAGCAAUCAUAAAAAAGGUGAGUUCAAGUCAAGAGUCCUACCUACUACGUAGUCGUAGCCGUUUAUCGCAGAAUAUCAAUCAAGCUCAAACCCUUAAAGAUGGCACUAAAUUUGUUGUAGAUCAUGUAGCGAAUGUAGUUGGUAGUUUGGUUACAAAUAAGGGUGAUGGUAAUGAUGAUGAAGAAGACUCUUUAUCUCAGACACGAACCUAUUCAUGGAAAGAUCAACGUGAUCCGAAAUUCCGUCCAAAGAAAAUUGUGCCCAAAGAACAAAUUGAAACCAAUGCACGUUAUUAUGAUUGGCAAGUAGGUGCUGCUAGUAGCCAAGGUGCGAGUGGCGACGACGGAAGCUACAAGCCGGGUGGGACUUGGCAUCAGCUUUGGGGGCAAAAUCAUAUUUCGGCAUUAAAAUAUAAUGAUGAUACACGUUAUGGUGGUGAUGGUAAUAAUAAUGGUGAUGGUUUAAAUGGUCUUAAUUCGUUUACAGGUAAAUGGAAUGGUGAUAAGGGGCAAGCGGAUUUAAGAGGUAAGUGGAGGGCAAAGAGUUUAGAGACGAAAAAUCAGGGGGAAAAUGGAGUAUUUCGUAGGGGCUAUGGCAUGGGUGGGGAAGAUGUGUUAUCAUAUUAUCUUUAUGAUGAUGAUUCAGAGUCGAAUGUAGAAAAACCUUUAAGUGUGUCUGUUGAUCGAGGUACUAAGCAGCAUAGUGAACUAUCAGGGCUUGAAGAUGGCAAGUACAGAGGUAGUCAACAGAGUGAAUCUCAAGUGAAUGAUGGUAAGUACAGAGGAUGGAAUCAGAAGGGUAAUACUCAAGAUGGAAAAUAUGUAGCUGAUAACCAAGCUUCGAACUUACCGAAAUCCAUUUCUAGUGAUAGUGGUUCUGAAGAGAAAGUCAAUCAAACAAGAAUUCGCAACAGAUUAGGUUCUCAAACAAGUGAAUUUGUAAAACCAACUUCGAGGGCGAAAUUUUCACCUCUGACAGUCAGAAAUAAUAAAACUUCAUCCUCCGAAGCUGCUGAAAAGAUUGAAGCAGUUAAAGUUGAUCAAGGUAUUGAAAAAUCUUCAAUAUCAGUAACUUCAAGAACAAAUACUGAAAACUCUCCAACAGUUCGUUCAAGAAUUAACAGCAACAGAGUUUCUGGAAAUUCCAAUCAAGGUUACAGUCUUUAUAAUACUGUUCAAGCUGUUAAAGAAGAAGAUCAAUUACAUAGUGAAGAUAUCAAGAAAAACAGUUCUGAAACAGUCAAUACUGAAGAAUUGAAAAAACCACUUAACAAUCAAGAGUUGCAACUAAAUUCCGGUAGCAAAACCGAAUCUUCAAUGAACAAGGCUCUUGAUCAAGUCAUAACACAUAUUAUGAAAAUUCCACGAGGUAAAAAUAUAGAUUCUCAGAAUAAUUCCAAUACAAAUUUAAGUUAUGAAAUUUUGAGUGCUUCACCUGAAUCUAGUUCUCGAAUGACAUAUUAUGUCAAAGUGACAGUUGAUAAGACACUACAACAGAGUGAACGUAGUAGAAAAAGACUUGGUUUAACUAGCGAUCAAUCUGGAAGUAAUGAUGAUGAUCCAUUGGGGUUGCAUGAUUCGAAUGUUCACACAAGAGGAGUUGCCAAGGAAUCCGAAUCAAACAAAAUUGAAAGUUCUGCAGCUGUGAAAGCUAAUAGUGGAAGAUCUAGAACGAGAUUGGGAUAUGAUUUUGUGAAAGAAUCUUUAACAAAAGAUCUAGUUGAGAAGUCCAAGUCGGUUGAAUCUUCAAAAUCUAGAAAUGAUGAGGUUAUGUUUCAAGGAAUGAUUGAUAUUAGUUCCGAAAAUGUUUCAGAAAACCGAGGAAAUAAGGAUAAACCAGUUGAGCACAACCAAGUUGAAGACGUACAAGUUCUUGAUCAAACUCUUGAAGCUAUUAUCGAUCCAGAAACUGAUGUUAAAAUAAACUCCAAAACUGAAGAGACUCCAAAACAAGAAGAAGUCGUGGUUUCUGAUCAAACUCUUGAAGCAGAAAUCGUUCCAGAAAGUGAAGACAAAACUAGUUUCCCAACUGUUGAAAUUAAGCCCAAGGAAGUUGUAGUUCUUGAUCAAACUCUUGAAGCUGAUAUCGAUGCAGAAAGUGAAUUGAAAACUAAUUCUCAAGUUUCAGAAAUCAAAUCUGAAGAUAUUACAAUUCAGGAUCAAACUUUGGAAGCAGACAUUGAUCCAGAAACUUUAUUAAAAAUUGAUUCUUCAACUGUUAAAAAUAAGCCUGAAGAAAUUUCAGUUCUUGAUCAAACUCUUGAAGCAGACAUCGAUCCAGAAAAUGAAGAAAAAGUUACUUCCAAAACUGCAGAAAUCAAACCUGAAGAUGUUGCAGUUGUUGAUCAAGCUCUUGAAGCUGUCAUCGAUAGCGAUAGAAUAAUUGAAGAAAUCAUUUCUAGCACUUCAGAAGCUUCAGAAGUGUCAAAAACAUCUUUAGAAGGCAGUCACAAAGUGGUAGACAGCUCUAACUUCCGAAGAAAGAAUAUCAAAUCGGAAAAUAUUGACGUUGCUGACCAAAAUCUUGAAGCAAGUAUUGACGGUAAUUUGGAAACAGAGUCUUCAACAACAGCAAAACCCAUAGAUGUAACAAUUACUGAUCAAGGUCUUGAAGCAAAUAUUGAAGAAGUUACUCAACAAUCUGUACAAAUUGAAGAAGUAAGAAUUGAAGAUCUAAGUUUAACCAAAAUAGAAGAACCUGUUAGUGCAACACAAACAACAACAACUGAAUCUCAGCCAAUUUCAUCAAAUAAAGAUGAAACUGCUACGGAAACCACUGAGAGAAGCUUUAAAAACCGUUCUAGAACUCGAUUUGGAAGCAACAAAGUGAAUUCUGAAGUUACUGAAUCACCUACUGAAGCUUCAACAACAAAAACUUCUUUUGCAUUCAGAAAUCGUUAUUCAGCUCGUGGAUCUUCAAAAGAAAAAUCUGAGGAAGAGAAACCAGAAAUUACAAGAAACCGCACAAGAACAAGAUUUGAAGGCUUUAAGAAUAAAAUUGCUUCAACUACUUUGAAGCCUUUAGAGACUUCAGCUUCAAGAUACAGAAAUAAGCCUAGGUUAGGUUCAAAUCCACGAGAAACCGAAGUAUCUAUUGACAAUACGGAAGAAACUUUGGAAGCAAACGAAGCAGUUUUAGAAAAUACGUCUCAAGCUUCAAAAUUAUUCAUUGCCCGAGGAAGACAGUCCGAGUCAGCUAGAAGAAUCUAUGAUAAACCAGUUGCUCAAGUGUUAUCCCAGCCAAGACAACGAUUAGGAUCUCAAACUAAAUUCGAAGGUCUUGAUUCAAAAACCAAAACAACUAAUACCCAAGUUCAAAAACCUGAAGAAGAAUUUGAAUACUACGAUGAAGUCACUUAUGAAGAACCUCCAACAACAACUCGUCGCACUCAAAUAACCAAUCGUGGUAGUGUUCGAGCAAUGUUAAGUGAUCUGUCUUCACUUUUAGCUAUAGACUUCAAUAGGCAUAAGGGUGAAACAAAAAUACCAACGGAGGGUCGUCGUAUUGUUGUAAGACGUCGUCGUCCAGUACAACGUUCAACUACUCAAGGCUCUGUAGAAAAUGAAGAUAUUAUCGAAAAAUCAACUCGGCCAAGUUUUAGAACAACAACUGAAGAUGCGACUGCUGAGCCUAAAGCAAUGAUAAUUAUCAAACAUGAUGGUGAUGGUUUAUCUCAAGAUGUAAUUAAAAAUAAUACUUUAAAAAUUCCAAAUUUGAAAGGAAAUUUUGUAUUGAAGAAGCGAAUUAUUCGAAAAAAGAUUCAAGAUUCUGACGAAAGUACUAUUGAAGAAGUGAAAACCAUUCCGGAAGUUAAAGUUGACGAUACUCCAGUUGAACUUGAAGAAGAAUUUAUUAACAAUAAGUCAGUUAGUUCCAAAUUCCAACCAAAACUGAGGGUCAGAAGUACUACCCCAAGCACUUCUAAUGAAGAAGCAACUACAAAUUCAAUUAAUAAUCCACUGAAGCAGACACUUCGAAACCGUAUUCCUGCAACAUCAUUCCGUGGACGGAGUAGACUUCCAACCACGACAACAACUGAAGCAAUCACAACUGAAAAUGAAGAAUCAGUAACUUCGAAAAGUUUGAGAGGAAGACCACGUACUGAAUUGAGAAAGAAAUAUAAUUCAACUGUUCCAGUAAGAAGACGUAAGCUUCCAAUAGCAGCUGAUAUAACAAUUACUCCACCGACUUUAGAAGUUACAACAGAAGGUGGAAGAACAUUUGAUUUGAGAAAAACUGCCAAAGGUGGAAGAGUAACUCCAUAUGCAGGAUUAACAGAAAAGACCCCAGAAAAAAUUGAAGCAUCUACAAGUUCUGUAUUAGAAUUGACAACAGAAGAACUAUCAAUCACUGAAAGCACAGAAAUUGAAGAUAAGACCACUGAAGCUCAGUCAGAAGUAUCUGAACCGAAGAAAACCGAAAAUACAAGCGCUGAAGAUAGUUCAAGUGCUGAAAAUUCACCAAUGCCAAUUUAUGAUCGUAUGAAGCACUUGAAAUUCUUAGCAGAUUCUCCAAUAAUUUAUUUAGGAAAAAUCAAUGAAGGUCCGCCAGAGGAAAUAAAAGCAAUUGAAGAUAACGAAAAUAAGUUGGCACAAGAAAUCAACAAUCAGUUUUUUGAUUUAGCCCCCAGGACAAAGGAGGAUCUGGGGGCUAUCAGAUCUUCAUCUAUUGGAGAUAUUUCACAAAUUACACAAGAUGAAAUAAAAGAUGAGAAUUUGAAAUUGGCCAUGGAAGUUAAUUCAAUGAGUACAGAAACAUCACUGGAAGAAAUUAAAUUGGAAGAUUCACAUUUGGAAGAUAUAUCAACUGUCUUAUCUACUUCUACAAUCUCAUAUAAUGAUAAACAAAGAAAAUUAAUAGGUCGUUUAAAAACUAUUGAAGACAAUGUAGAAUUCGAAAUUAUUGAAGAUAAUAAAAAUAGAAAAACUACUACAAAACGUUCUAUACCUGACGAAGAUAAUAACAGUGAUUCGAUUACUGAAGAAGAUUCAACUGCGAAUUUAGAAUUGGAAGAUUCAACUAGAGAAGAAGACUCUACAUCAACAUCAGCAAAUCUUUUGAAGAUUUCUGAAGAUCACACAAGUGACGCUGUGGAAGAAGCAAAAAAUGAUGAGAGUGAAAAAAUUUCUAGUACAAUUUUACCUGAAGAAACAGAUACAGCUUCAGUUAUACCAAAGCUUUUAGAAGAAGCCCAUGAAUCUCAUCGAACUGCUAAGACUUUUAAGGACUUCGAAUCAAACAAGGAACCUGUUGAAGAAGGUGAAGAAGAAGAAGCAAUCACAGAAAUGUUGCCUUCAACUGAAAUCAAAUUAGAAGUUUCAACAGAAGAUGAAGAUAACGAAAACACUUCUGAAAGUUCUGAAAAAGUAACUGAAGAAAAUGAUGAUUCUGAAGAUACUUCAACACUUACACCUGAAUCAUCCCGAAAUGAUUUUCCUGUACAACGAUCAUUUUCAUUUCGACCAAGAUCACGAACUUCUUCAACUACGGAAGCAAAUACUGACAAUAUUAAUGAAAAAGCUGAUACUACAACACGAAGAAGUUUUGGAAGACCAACAAGACCAAAUCGUUUUACCACAAAAACACCGAAGAAUGAAGAAAAAGAUGAAGAAGAAAAGAACAUAAUCAGUACAACACGUCGUAGUUUCAGCAGGAAUACUCCACCUAAAUCAUUUAAAGAUGCUAUUGUUCAGGCCAAAAAAGAACCAAAACCAAAGCCUGAAAUUGAAACAUCGACUAUAGGUUUUAACAAAAGAUUUAAUUUGUAUAAAAAUAGAACACCAACAGUUGCAACAACUACAGAAGCAAUCAGUAAACUGGAAGAAGAUCUUCAAUCUUCAAAUAAACCACCAACUACUAGACGAGCAUAUAAUAACUUAAGUCGUCUUAGAACAGCAACACCUUUAGCUACAACAGAAAAAUCAGAAAAGAAGGAAAUUGAAGACAUUACAGAAGUUACUGAAGAAAGUACAGUUUUGUCUCAGGAAAUUGAGUCAAAUAGUGAAGAUUCACUUGGAAGUGCUGACACAAAAUUCGCUCAGACAACUGAAGCAAGUGAAGAUUUAUCUAAUGAGUCUUCAAAUGAAGAUGAAGAAUUUGUAACAACACUUCGACCAGAAUCAGGUAUCGAAGGAUCUUCAACUUUGAAGUCAAUCGAAGAAGCUACAACACCACUUCGAACAUAUUCUCUUCUAAAUCGUCAAAAAACAACAGAAGCUUCACUCACAGAAGAAUCGAUUCCGAACUUAGAAGACGAAGAAACUGAAAAUAAUCCGGAAAAGAAUGAUAGUAGCGUAUCUACUUCUCGAAAACCAUAUUUAAGUAUAAAAAGAGCUGGAACUUCAACAGUUGAACCUACUGAAUCAACUGAAGAAGAAUCACUUGAUAACACAGAUAGAAACACUGCUACAACCAAACGACCAUAUUCUUCUUUAAAUCGUUCUAAGACAACAACAGAAGAGUCUGAUAUUGAUGCUGAAUUAGAAGAUGAAGAUAAAGAAGAAAAUGUUUCUACUUCGAGAAAACCGUACUCAAGUAUCAACCGAUUGACAUCUUCAACAGCUAACCCUUCGGAAUCUACAACUGAAGAAUCUGAAGAUACAGAGGAAGUAAGCACAACUGGUACCGUAAGACGAAAGUACUCUGGUCUCAAUCGUUCGAAACCUACAAUAACUUCUACAACUAAAGCUUCUGAUAUUAUAUCUGAAUCAGAAGAGGUUGAAAUCUCGAAUCUUCCAAGUUCUACAACUCGUCGGUCUUACCUUAAUAUUAAUAGGUUUGGAACUACAAAAUCUGCUGAAUCCGAUGAUGAAGAUUCUGACACAAGUGAAGAAACUCCCUCUACUCGUCGUACAUACUUAAAAAUUAAUAGGUCAACAACAACUGAAGAAACAGUGCCAACAACAAGGCGAACUUUUGGAAAUAAUAGAAAUAGAAAGCCAAUUGCUGAAGACAAUGAAGAAACUAAAGUCUCUUCCACAACCGAUGAUGAAGAUUCUAACUCAAAUGAAGAAACUCCCUCUACUCGUCAUACAUACUUAAAAAUUAAUAGGUCAACAACAACUGAAGAAACAGUAUCAACAACAAGACGAACUUUUGGAAAUAAUAGAAAUAGAAAACCAAUUGCUGAAGACAAUGAAGAAACUCAAGUCCCUUCAACAACACGCAAAAGCUAUACAAGUUUCAAUCGUUCAAGAACUACAACUGUUGCUACUGAUAUAGAACUGGAAGAAGAUUCAAUUGAAGAUAAGGUAGUAGAAGAAGAGGUUACUCCCCCAGCUGUUCGUUUUACUAAUGCUCAACAGCAAAAACAAGCACGAGCAUUAUUAAACGGUACCAUACAAAAUAACUCGACAGCUGAUAUUGAAGAUCAAGUUCUUUCAACGGAAUUCGAAGAUUUGAUAGAAACUUCAACCAAUAAAAUUGAUGAGCUGGUUUUAUCAACAACGGAAGAAGAUGUUACACAAUCAAAUGCUAUUAAUUCUUCAACCGAAGAAAACAUUGAAAAUGAUGAAGACACAGAUGAAGAUUCUACAGUCCUACCUAUUUCGAAUCACAAUUUUACCAAUGCUCCACAACAAAAAGAUAUAGUCGAUAGUGAAAUUACUACAACAUUACCUAUUCCUGAAAUUGAAGAACCUAUAAGCCUAAUAGAUGAAAUCCUUGCUUCUUACAACAAAAAAUCUACUGAUUCUACUGACUCUAAUGAAGAAGAAGCAAAAGAAAGUAAAACUCAGUCUGCGCCUACACAAGCUCCUAGAUCUCUUCCUGAAAUUGAAGGAGAAACUGAGCCUCCAAGUCUUAUAGAUGAAAUCCUCGCUUCUUACAACAAAAAAUCUACUGACUCUAAUGAAGACGAUGCAAAAGAAAACAUUACUCAGUCUGCACCUACACAAGCUCCUAAACCUGUUCCUGAAAUUGAAGGAGAGACUGAGCCUCCAAGUAUCUUAGAUGAAAUCCUUGCUUCUUACAACCAACAAACUACUGAAACUAAUCUUGAAGAAGCAAAAAAAAGUAUAACUCAGCCUGCACCAACAAAAGCUCCUAAGCCAAAACCUUCUUUAUCAGAUCUUCGUAAAAAAGUUAAAACUGAUCAAUUAAAGCCAGAAUCCAACGGAAUUCUAAGCACUCGUCUAAAUAAACCACAGGUCAUAUCUGAGGAUACGGAUACGGAAUCAACAGAUAUUUCUUCUUCGACCAUUGAAGACACAGAGGAAGAUGAGAAUUUAGGUGAAGAUUCUACGAUUUCUCCAAGUACUACUGAAGAAGAUGCAAGUUCUUCAACACCAACUGAAACCAAAAAUUCUAGCUCUCUUGAUACAUCUACACAAGCUCCAAAACCAAAACUAUCGCUUUCUGAUCUUCGUAAAAAAGUCAAAACCGAUCAAGUUACACCAGAAUCUGAUGGUGUUUUAAGUACACGUCUAAAGCCAACUUCUUCAUCAACUGUUGAAGAUACAGAUGAGAAUUCGAGUGAAGAUUCAACAAUUUCACCUAGUACUACUGAAGACGUUACAAAAACAUCUGAUUCCUUCGAAGAAACUACAACUCAAUCUGCAUCCACACAAGCUCCAAAGCCAAAGUUUUCUUUGUCCGAUCUUCGGAAAAAGGUCAAAACUGAUCAAUUUAAACCAGAAGCUGAUGGAGUUUUAAAUAUGCGGCUUAAGCAUAAAGAGAUUGAUGAAGAUUCUGGAAGUGGUGAUUCAAUUGAAGAAACAGCUGAAAGAAAAAAUAAGCUCUUCGAACUCCGUAAUAAAAUUAAAACUCAACAGUCAAAGCCAGAUAUAGAUAACGGAGUUCUAAGCUCACGUUUGAAGCACCCUAAUGGGACCUUUGUUGAAGAUUCUAAUCCUCUUGAAGAAACAACACAAGAUAAGAAACCUUCUCUCCUUGAUCUUCGGAAAAAAAUCAAAACUGAACAGUCAAAACCAGAUACUGACAACGGAGUUUUAAGUUCACGUCUAAAGCAACCACAUAUCAAAGAUCCUGAAAGUGAUGAAGAUUCUACUAUUUCACUUAGUACAACUGAAGAAGAUGAAACAAAACCUUCCAGAAAUUCAAAAUCUCUUGAAUUAUCUGAAGAAACAACACCCACACAGGAUUCAAAACUUUCUCUCUCUGAACUUCGUAAAAAAAUUAGAGCUCAACAGUUACAACCAGAUACUGAUAGAGGAGUUUUAAACAGUCGACUUAAGCCUUUGUCUUCGAAAAACAAAAACUUAGUUAACAAACAAGCUGAAGAUCAAACCUCUACCGAAGAAGAAAAUGACCUAGAGUCUAAUGAAAUCACAUCAUUUGCACCUUCUUCUGCUGAUAAUGAAGAUAAUAAUCAAUCUUCAGAAAAAUCGAUUGAAGAAACUACUGAAGACAAUGCAUCUGAAGAAAAUGAUACAAAAAUAAUUGAUUCUUCUUCGUUAACUUUAAAUAACACAAAUUCUGAAGACCAAUCAAAUGAAGAUACUAAUAAACCAGAAGAAAUCGAUGAAGACAAAGAAGAAGAACAAAGUCCAACACCUAAAAAUAUUGUUGGACUUCUAUCUCGCACAAGAUUUAGACCCACUCAAGGCCCCCAGAAAAAACCUUCCCUCCUUGAACUUCGUAACAAAGUCAAAACCGCUCAAGCCAAGCCCGACACUGAUAAUGGUGUCAUCAACAAUCGUCUUAAACAAACUCUUGCCAAUCGAAGAUCAUUUAAACCUACCACUAAAGUAACUAAACAACCAAUAACUAACCCCACUGAAGAUGUAGAUUCCAUUUUAGAAAGCACUCAUAAUACUAAUAACAAUCUGUCACUAACCCCUGUUAAUGUUGAUAGUAAUUAUGAUGAUAAUGAUGAUGAUAAUGUUAAUGAUGAUACAGAGUUAGGUCAGGAACAAGACUCAAACAGUGAUGAUGACUCAAUUUUAGAAACUAAUUCAAAUCUUAGCUCGAAUACACCUAAUUUUAAUAAUCGACGUUUUCAGAAAGUACAGUACAACCGUACAGAUGGACGUAGAAGACGACCAACAACAACAACUAGUACUACAACACCAUCAACAACAACAAGUGAUGAUGAAGACAAUAUUUCUUCAUCUUCAUUAAACUUGGAUAACGAAUCUGGAUCAACAGUAGAAACAUCUACUGAAGCCGUUCAAAGACGUCGUCUUAGAGUAUUGAAAUAUAAACGUCCAUUAAAUGUUAAUAAUAUUAAUAAUAAUAGUCUUAGUGUUGAUAACUCUACUAAUACCACCACCACCACAGAGUCUGUAGAUAACCUUAGUGUAGGUGUUGAUUUAGAAACCACAAUUAGUACACCAACAACAACAACAUCAACAACAGAAAUUCCAACAACACCAGCAACAAGACGUUUUAGAAAGGUCAUUCGAAAAUUAAGACCUGUUGCUAACAAAACUGAAGAUGAAACCCCGACCGAACAAACUAAAACUGAAGAUGAAACCCCGACUGUACAAACUAGAACCGAAAAAGCUCUUAAUAUCGCUGAGCUGAUACAAAGACUAAACAAAGAAACAACAACGACAACCACAACUACUUCAACAACAUCUUCACCAACAACUUUAACAACAUCUUCACCAACAACUUCUACAACUACGGUGGAAGAAGAAGAAUCAAAUGAAGAUACAACAUUAGUUGACACUGAAACGACUGUGUUUGAAGAUACAACUAUUUCAGACGAUGAAACAACACCUGAAGAUACAACAACUUCAACCACUACCACAACACAAAGCCCAAGAAGACCCCUAAUAAGUCGAAGGCCUUACAAACCAACCAAACCUUCCCUAAAUUCGAUAACUUCUACUGAAUCGAAUAUUGUUUCGACACCGAAAUCGUAUGUUAGGAAGUUUAAUAGGAACUUCAAGGCUAUUCGUCCAUCAUCCGACUCAAAUAACGGUUUAGGUUUCAAUCAACGAACUUCAUCUCGACCAAAACCAAGCUUCGGAAAUCGCAAUAGGUUUAAUUUCCCCACACGAACUAGUACAGCAAGUCCUAUAGAAGAAGAUAAUGAAGAAUACAAUGAAGACGAAGAAGAACCUGAGUACAAUGAUGUUGAAGAAGAACCAAUUCCAGUUGUUCAACAAAAUAGUGUUUUAAGUGGAAUUCCUAUUGCAAAUGAAGACAUUGUUGCUGAAGAAGAAACUGAUGAAUAUGAUGAAGAUGAAAAUAUUGAAGAAGACCUCGAAGAGAAACCUGAACAUACAGAAACAGAACAUGAAGAAGAUGAAGAUGGUAAUCCAAUACCACCACCAGUUAUUAAUCGUCCAUCAAAUCGACCAUCAAACCGUCCAUCGAAUCGUCCAUCAAAUCGUCCUUCUUUCAACCGACCAGUAAAUAGUCCCAAUGCUCCACGAAGACCAGCCGGGCCAGGUCCUGGAAGUCGUUUCGCCAAACCAGCAACUAAUAAAACACGUGUUAUUAACCGUCCAACACUAAUAACCCUUCCACCAAAUCUAAUCGGUUCUGAUUUACCCACACUAGACCAAGCAAUAACCCCACCUUCAGUGUUUGUCUCAACAAAUACACGCAGUUACGAGCGUAAAUACUUGGCUAGUUCCACAGAACAAACACCACAAAAUCAAAGUAAUCCACUUUUAGAUGAUUUAAAUAUCGAUGCUCUAAAUGCACGUAAUAAAAAGAUAUUUGAAGUUAAUAGCAAGAAACACACAUUAAUUAAACCAAAACUUGCUCAAAAUAAAUCACAAUCGAUAUUAGAUACCACAGAUAUUACACCUUACUUAGACACAACUACAUUAAUUGAAGAUGAAGAUAAUAAUUUAAUAAAUUCACAGGAUGAUUCACAGGUUACAACAAAUAGUACAACUGAGAAGCCAGUAAGUGAGGGUCAACUUAUUUCGUAUAGUCCGAAGAAGAAACUUGUAUUGAUAAGUCGUGUUGUUGAAAUUAAUUCGAAAGAAGAUAAAAUACGAAAGAAGUCUAAAGAUCAAGAUGGCAAGGCUGUAGAAUCGACGGAAUUGAGAUCAGAGGGGUUGCCGAAAUUGGAAUCACUUGGUGAGAUUAGUCGUGUUAAACAUGUUCAUUUAGUUGAUGGAAGUCAUGUUGUAGUUGAUGGUAAAAGUACUGUAACUGAGUAUACAGCUACUGAAUCUUCAGUUUUUGUGAGAAAUACUAUUCCAGAAGUUGAGCCAGAUAGUCUUGAGAAUACACGUAUUGACUAUGAACCGGGUUCUACAUCGGCACCGGUUAGAAAUACUAUUCCUGAUACAGAUUAUUCGAAUAUAGUUGUUGAAACUGCUUCAUCUGUUUCGGCUGAUAUAAGAAGAUCCAAAGCUAUUACUGUCCCAGAGGUUAUUUCGGAUGUUUUUGAAGCUUCAACAAUAUCUUUAGAAGGACUUUUUGACAGUACUCGAAAAGCAAAGAAAAUCAGCGAACCAAAUAAUGAAAUUAACGGUCUUGUGUAUGCUUAUUCUCUUGGAGAGAUUCCAACAACUCCAAGAAAUGAGAAGCCAGUAUUUGUUUCAACAACUCCUUUAACAACUACAACAUUGACCACGACAACACCGGUUCCAACCUCAUCUUCAACUAUCCCAGCAACAACAACAACGACCACAACUUCAACGACAACCACCACAACAACAACAACAACGACUCCAUCAUCAACUACUGUCGAUGAACCUCUAGAAACAACAACUAUUCAAUCGAAUAACAACAAUCGAGAGUAUUCCCGUCCAAUUGUACCACUUUUAAGACCGGAAUCCAAUGAAUCACCUCUGGUAAUAUCGAUUGCAAAUUUAGAUAAAGUUAUUUUGAGUAAAGUUAUAAAGCCUGAUUCAAAUUCAGCGCCAUCAUAUAGACAAGAAUUAGUUGUAGAAGCACCAUCAAACAAUGCUAACACUGAGUUAUUACAGACAAGUGCAAGUGGUGGUAGUAUUGGUAGAAGUUUAAAUAAUAAUAAUAAUUCAAUAGAAACAAAAAUUCAAACCGAAACAAGUUUUAGUUCAGAAUCACAUGUAGUCAAGAGAAAAAAGUCUUCUAGGCGAAGAAAUAAGUCAAAACAUCAUAGAAAUCAGACUGUUUCAACAACAACGACGACAGUUAGUAGUUUAGGUGAAGAUGAUGUUGCAACAACAUUAAGCUUUGUCCGCACAAAAGUACCCGCUCGUCGUCCAUCCGUUGUACGUAGACGUCUUUUCACCACCACAACACAACCUGCUUCCAGCAAUUCUAAUAAUGAACUAAAUAAUGGCGAUGAUGGUACUUCGACGAUCACUACUGAUGAUGCUUCAACAGCAGCUGCUCCAACAACGACCAGUCUGUUCAAGAAUAACCGACGCACUAGGCCGAAUUAUCUAACCACAAUAUCGGCAAAGCUCAAGCCAACAGCUAAAGCCCUGUCAUCUUCAUCGAAUCCGGUUGAGAUCACAUCGAAUAGCACCACUACCACUACCACUGGUUCGGUGGCAACGUCUUCAAAUGAUAUCACGUUCGUAACUGUUAAUAAACUGUCAAAUCAAAAGUCUCCAUCAUCAGGUGUGAUACGACGUAAAUUCACCAGACCGUUGAAUGGCAAUAGAUUAACAAAUUCAACAGGAACAACAACGACGACGACUUCAAGUGGUAGUGGGAGUACGCCAACGGCAGCGGAGACAUCUGAUGAAGUUGAUGUGUCCAAAAGUCAAAAUCAACUUUUUAAAAGGCGAUUCCCUCCAUCGACAACUUCGGGGUCUUUAACAACCAUUCCACCAGCACCAAUAGAAUUCAAUACAUCUCCACUUUAUUUGGACACCUCAAUUCCUGAAGAUCUAGACCAAAUUGCCAAAUCAAGUAUACAAGAGUCCAAGUUUUUCCACAACCAAAUUGGUGACAGUCUUGAUGACGAACAUUCCUCUGGAAAGGUCUCUAUAUCGACAAGUAUUUUUAGAAGUACGACUCCAAUUUACACAAGCUACGAAGAACCAAUUACAAGACGAAUAGGCUAUUCAGCAUCAACGAGAAGACCAUCAUUACGUAGGCCACAAAAAACAACUCCCAUUCCGGAAAAUGUGGAAGUUUUCAUCAGCCGGAGACGGCCACACAAGACACCUGCACCCUUCAAUAAAAUCAUUGAGACUCCCUCAGGACAAACCUAUAAGCCUUCCAGUGAUUAUGACUAUUACGAUGAUGAUGAUGAAAGAGUUGUAGAUAAGCCUACUGCCUCACAGGUUAAAGUUGUCCUCCAUGGCAAAGGAAUUAUCGAAUGCUUGGACCAAGGUAACUUCCCUCAUCCGUUAUCAUGUAGGAAAUUCAUUUCCUGUGCAAAAUUCGAGACCGGAGGUGUUGUCGGCUGGGAAUAUACCUGUCCUAAAGGUUUAAGUUAUGACCCAGUUGGUGGAAUGUGUAAUUGGUCUGCAGGUCUUGGUUGCAACGAGUAGAUUAAAAUUUUUAAUUGAAAUUGAUCAAUUUUAUAUAGAAUUUGAGAUUGUAAAUUUUUUUGGAAAUUGUGAUGAGAGAUGACAUCAUAAAAUUACCAAAAUUAAAAAGACCAUCAAUCGAAAUUAUUGUUGUGUAAUUAGUUGACUGAUUUAAAAACAAAAAAAAAAUAUAAAUGUAUUUGUAUUCGAUUUUAAGCUUGGGAAUGUUUUCUUUCCGAUUUUGUAUAAAAAUUUCAAUUGUUUAAUUUAAAAAAAAAAAGAAAAACAAAAAAUAAUUAUAUCUUUUUCGUUGCCGUUAUUAUUUAAUUUUAUUAUUUAAGUUAAAAUGUAUUGUAGUGUCUUUUUAAAAAA